AGGGCUUGAUGCUGGGGAACGUCUUGGCGCGCCUGUUGAGAGGCUUUGUGGACAGCUGUGCUGUCGAGGACCUGGUCCUGCAUUCUGCGAUCACCUUCAUUUGGACCUUCGGUGGACUUUUCGUGUCCUUCAACUCCCGAACCUUCAGCACGGUCGGCUUGCUCGCCGCCGCCUUUGGCGCGAGUACCCUACUGCAGGUGCCUUGCAGUCGCCAUAAUGUGAUCCACAAGCGGGACACCUUCGAUGGCCUCAUGAUGAAUUGCGUGGCGGUGCUCAUCACCAUGAUCGCCGACUCGCUCUUCCACUCGGACCGCGCCUCCGACUUGGCCUUCCGGAAGCUGGACCAGUGCUGGCAAGAGAUUUUUAUCUCUUACAAGAGCCUUCUAGAUCCCAAGACCACCGAGGUGGUCUUCCGCUGCAGCACCGCGCGCAAGUUGCUUCGUGAGGCGCAGUUCAUGGGCGGCGAAGCGGCCCUCGAGCCGCGCUUCUGGCGCAUCCCGUGGCAACACAAUCUCUUCAACCAGGUGUGCCUCUUCACCGACUACCUCGUCAUCGCCCUGGCCGCCGUGGAGUCCGCUGCAGCGGAGCACGGCCGCUCCCAGGAUCCCAAAUUCCCCACCUUCGUGAAACUGUCGGAGACCGCUAGCAAUCGACAAACCUUUUGCAUGUUUGGCGACGAAAAAUCGGUGAUCCUUCUGUUGAAGUUCGCAGCGGUGAAGAAUCUACUGAAGAUCUUCAUCCAUGAGACGGUCCAGCCCUUCGAAGGCUUUACGGACAAAGAUAGCACGCAUCAGUACUUCUCCGAGCAAAAAGCCGUGGAGGAGGAAUUCAUCCGGGAAACUGUUCCUUUGUUCUUCGGAUUGGAGGACGAUGAGCCCGAGCUAAGCAUGUCCAACGACGAGAUGGCCCACCUCUCGGUCGUGUUCGCAGGCUUUCACCGUACAACGCAGCUUCUAAGAAGCGUGCAGCAUACGAUCCUCUCGAGCCAUUGGGAGGCCUAGGCACCGCAGACCGCGGACCGCUCCCUGCGGAGAAAAGGGCACUGCCGAGAGAUGGAC